CUCAUACUUCCCGUGGCGUUCGCCGUCGCGCAUGGUCAAAUGUUGUCCGACGACGAGCGACUUGUCAAGGCUAACAAUGAGUUCGGCCUCAACCUCCUCAGGGAGCUCUCGUCCACCCACCCAGGAGGCAAUGUCUUCUUCUCACCAAGCAGCGUCUCGGCCGCUCUCGCUAUGGUCUACGCCGGAGCCGGAGGACUGACCGAAGCAGAACUUUCGGCAACACUGGGACACGCUAUGAUGGGUCUCACGGACCGAACCGCACUGAUGUCGGCGUACAGGAAGUUGCUUGCGGACAACCAGUACCAAGCCGUCGCAUUGGACAUUGCCAACGCCGUGUUAAUCCGGAGGAAUUUCCGGGUGCUCGAUGGUUACAAGAGGGACCUUGCCGACGUCUUCAAAGCAAACCUGACAUCGGUCGACUUCGCUCAUCAAGGUUCAAAGGUGGCGUCUGAAAUCGACCAGUGGGUAAAACAGAAGACCAAAGGCAAAAUCCAGAACAUUGUUGAAGGCGGCCUUCCCGAGGAUACCGCCAUGUUUCUGAUUAGCGCUGUGUACUUCAAGAGCACCUGGGUCACCAAGUUCGACUCGGCGAAGACGAAGCCACGACCUUUCUAUAACCACGGAACUGAGAGUUCAGACCGCCAGACAAUGGAACUCAUGAGUCAAGUGAAGUUCGGACGGCUUGAUAGCCUCCGAUCAAGAGCCGUGGAGAUUCCUUACAAGGGCGAUCGUGUUAGCAUGGUUGUUCUGUUACCAGACAGCAACACUGGACUACCGAGAAUACGGGACGGUCUGACCGCUGAAGUGCUCAAGGAACUCGAAGACAGGAUGUGGUGGACGACACUAAGGUUGCCGAAAUUCGAGCAAGUCAAAGAAUACAAUUUCGUGCCUAUACUGCAAAAACUUGGCUUGAAGUCCGUAUUCACUGCUAACGCCGAUCUCUCGCGCGCUGCUGACCCCGGCUUAUUUGUCUCUGACGUCAAGCACAAGGCUAUGAUUGAGGUGAGCGAAGAAGGCACUGAGGCGGCAGCUGUGACUACCGUUCGAAACGUGAAUGGGGGACGCGGUAGAUCAAUCGCUGUACCGCAAACCCGGCGUUUUCACGUAGAACACCCUUUCUUAUUUUAUAUACGUGACAAGGUUACCAACCGCGUCUUGUUUAUGGGGGAAAUUAACCGCCUCUAAC